UAUAAAUCAUUGUGGUACCAGCAAAGCUAGAGCGAGCACGUAAAAGUGGAGAGCAAGCAUUGACUAACUGAGUAUACAAACAACGCAUACCUUCAACAUUGUUAUCAAACACAAAUCAUCUCGCUAUGGCCAUGCGUCGUCUGCAUUUGCUGAAAUUUGCCUCCUCUAGCGCUUUAGCCAACCCAAGUACAUCUACACGCACAUUCGCCAACAGUGCCGGUCAACAAUUCACCACGCUAAAUGUCGACGACAAAACCGGGAUCGCCACUCUCACACUCAACCGGCCGCCAGCCAAUGCGCUCAACGCUGCUUCCAUGAGCGAAAUACAGCGCACCAUUCAAGAUUUGGAGAAAUCCAAAUGUCGCGGCCUCAUACUCACCUCGGCAUCAGAUCGCAUCUUUAGCGCUGGGCUCGAUCUGAAGGAAUGCUAUCAGGCAGACACAGCGAGUUUGAAGGUCAUAUUUUGUGCGCUACAGAAUUUAUGGCAUACACUUUUCGCCACACCCCUCACCACUGUGGCGCUAAUAAAUGGCCACGCCAUGGCGGGUGGUUGCUUGCUGGCCGCCAGCAGUGAGUAUCGCAUUAUGUUGCCUAACUUCAAGAUCGGUUUGAAUGACACAAUGGCGGGACUUGGUGUGCCCAUGUUCGUUAUGGAUUCCUACACGAAUGCGGUAUCUAGCAGGCGCAUUGCUGAACGUGACCUCACCGCUAGUCGCGUAUAUAGCAGUGAAGAGGCGCUGCAGGCGGGCCUGGUGGAUGAAGUGGCCACAAGCAAAGAGCAGGCGCUUGAGACGGCAGUGGCUCUUAUUAAUAGCUUUGAACAGCGCACUCUAACAGCGCGCGCUAAAACAAAGCUUCUAUUUCGUGCAGAAAUUUUGAAGAAUUUUGAAAAAAAUAGUCAACAUGAUUUGGACAUAUUUCUGAGCACCAUACAGAGGCCUGAAGUGCAAGCAUAUUUGGGUAAAUAUUUGCAAAGUUUGAAGAAUAGGCAGUCGAAGCAGGCAAAGGCGUAGAGCAGGAGGCGUUCAUGAUGCGAUUGUUUGUGAAUCGAUACGACAAACAAAAAGUGUUCCUUAUACUGAAUGAAUAAAAUUUUUAUUUAAAAUAAAUUUUAAUUUUUGAAUCCAAAUGGCUUCGUCCAGUUUAUCAACAUUAAGAAAUAAA